AUGGUUGUCCUCUCUGAAUUUUCAGAAGGAUCUUCAUCAUCUUCAUCAACUCAUGGUCAUAGAUACGACGUGUUUUUAAGUUUCAGAGGUCUCGACACUCGUAAUAGUUUCACUGCUUACCUUCAUAAGGCUCUUGUGGAUGCCAAUAUCACUACCUUCUUGGAUGAUGAAGAGAUUGAAACAGGGGAAGAUCUGAAACCAGAAUUGGCGAGUGCUAUUAAAGCAUCUAGGGCUUCUGUUAUUGUUUUGUCCAAGAAUUAUGCUAGUUCGUCAUGGUGCCUUGAUGAAUUAGUUUUGAUCCUUAAGCAACGUGUGAAAUCCAACCAAAUUGUCAUCCCUGUAUUUUAUCAUGUUGAGCCAACCCAUGUCAGGAAACAACAAAGUAGCUUUGGAGAUGCAAUGGCUAAGCAUAGACGGAUGAUGGAGGCGGAGACAGAUGAAAAUAAAAGAAGUCAAUGGGAUCAAAAGAUUGAUCGAUGGAAUAAAGCACUUAAAGAAGUUGCUGAUUUGAAAGGGAAGGACGUAACCGGCAGGCUAGAGAUGGAAUUCAUUGAAGAAAUUGUCCAGGACAUCUACCAUAGAUUACGUUUACCCUUAAACAGUCCUUUGCCACUGCUUAUUGGAAUGGAGGAUUCCAUUACAUUCGUCACUUCAUGGUUGAAAGAUGCAUCAUCGCAUACGACUGACAUACUCACUAUUUUGGGUAUGGGCGGGAUCGGGAAGACAUCUUUAUCCAAAUAUGUCUAUGGAUUACAUUGUCGUGAAUUCGAAAAAAGCAGCUUUAUUGGAAAUAUCAGUAGGAGAUGUGAUGAAAAAUUUAGUGGGUUGCUUGAGUUACAAAAACAACUCGUUGAUGAUAUUUCAAAGGCACGUUCAAUCAAAGUUCAUGAGGUUUCUAUAUACACCUCAAAGAUAGAGAAUGUAGUAACUCGUAAAAAAGUGUUCCUGGUUCUUGAUGAUGUUGAUAGUCUCCAUCAGUUGGAUUCAUUACUUGGGAGCAAAGGUUUUCAUCCGGGAAGCAAAGUUAUAAUAACAACAAAAGACGCAUGGUUGACAGAGAGCUGUGCACUAUUUAAAACAAACGUUAAACCCAAUCAUGCUAAACACUUUCUUCAAGUCUUAGAUGAAACUGCAUCACGAGAACUAUUGUGUUUUCAUGCAUUCAUGUCCUACACGCCCAAGGCAAAUUAUGAAGAGGUGACAGGAAACUUUGUGAAGUAUUGUGAAGGACAUCCAAUGGCUCUUGAAGUUUUGGGCAAGUCUUUACAUAAUCGAGAUGUAGCAUACUGGGAAGAUUGGAUAAAACAACUAACGAAAGAACCCGGUUCUCCUAUAGAUAAUGUUUUGAGAAUGAGCUUCAAUUCUUUGCCAUCAACAAACGAUAAAGAUUUGUUUAAGCAUAUUGCUUGCUUUUUUGUUGGAAAAGAUAGAGAUGUUACUGAAACGAUAUUGGAGGCAUGUAAUAUAAACAUAAGAUCUGGGAUCACAAAUCUUGUUGACAGAUGCCUUCUUAGUAUCGGAUCGAAUAACGAAUUGAUGAUGCAUCAAUUGCUUCAAAAUAUGGGAAGAUUCAUAGUACAUCAAGAAUCACCUCACAAGCCAUGGAAGCGAAGUCGAUUAUGGUGUCAUGAAGAGUCUUUCAAAGUAUUGAAACAAAAUAAGGGUACAGAAAAUGUUCUCGGCCUUGUCCUUGAUAUGCGAAUGCUUGAGAAAAAGAAGUUUCAUGCAUCAUUUGAGCUAAAAACAGAUGCAUUAAGUAACAUGGACAAUCUGAUGUUACUACAACUCAAUUAUGUGCAAACUACUGGGCCUUAUGAGAAUUUUUCAGAAGAACUAAGAUGGUUGUGUAUGCAUGGGUUCACUUUAAAGUCUAUACCUUCGGACUUGCCGAUGGAUAAUCUGGUUGCUCUUGAUAUGUCAUAUAGCAAUAUUGAAUCAUUUGGAAUUUGUUAUAGUAAUCCACAACGACUUCAAAAGAGGCAAAAGCUGUCAACUGGAUUUUUCUUAGAAGACAAAAGGUUGCCUCGAUCAUUGAAGAUUCUAAAUUUAAGUUUUUGUCAACAACUUCAUAGUCUGGGUGGCUUUGACCAACUCCCUGCACUUGAGAGGUUAAUACUUAUAGACUGCAUUGGUUUGCUUGAUGUUUGUGAAUCAAUUGAGCAAUGUGUUGAACUUGUCCAUGUUGAUCUGAGCUACUGCAACAAGCUUGAAAAUCUUCCAAGAAUCAUAGGCAUGUUAAAGAAAGUUAAAACACUAUUGAUAGAGGGUUGUAAUCUCAGUGAAUCUCGAAUCCACAUUAAGGAUAUUGAUUCCCCUGAAAAAAACAUAGUAACCUUUUCCCCCACCAUUCCAGAGGCUACACCAACUUAUUCAAAAUUCUUUACCAUAUCUUUACCCAGAUCUUUACUAAGCUUGUCGCUUGCAAAUAAUAACUUGUCGACCGAAUCCUUUCCCAUGGACUUCAGUAGCCUAUCUAUGUUAAAGGAAUUAUAUUUAGAUGAUAAUCCCAUCGUUUCUCUACCCUACUGUGUUAAAAGCCUUCCUAGGCUUGAGUCACUUAGUAUGGUAAAUUGUAAUUUGCUGACGUCAGCCGAUCAUCUUCCACAUACACUAACGUAUUUGGACCUUCAUUCUAAUUCUAAUAAGCCUUUGCUACAAAAAGUUGUGUUUGAUCCUGAAAUGUCCCCACUCGAGUUGUCAGUAGACUGGAAGAUGUUUGCAACUUCAUCGUUUGAAUUUGAAGGCUUGGUCAAAACCCAACCAAUGGCUUGUAUUGAUGAAAAGUUAUUACAUAGUUUGGGCUGGACUAAGCUAGACUUCCUUAAUGAAAGGCGUGUGCAAACUGAUGUUUGGUUUUCUGGACCAAAGGAAUCUGAAAUCCAGGUGUAUUAUGAAUUUGGAAUAUUCAGUACAAUUUAUGGAGGAGAAAGAGAUGCCGAAUUGGAUUACGGAGAGAAGCAGUGGGCCAUCAAUAUCAUUUACAAUCCCAUCAUCUCCUAA